GGGGGGGGCUUGGCGCAUGGACCCCCCCUCGGCCAUUCAUCGCCAGGGGCCCGGUACCCCCGCCCAGGAACGUGCAGGUUCAUUCUCGGGGGCCCAUCGCCGAUCUAUCGGCGACGUAUCGCUUCUUCCGGGUCGACGUUUCCCUCCCUGCGCCUGGUCCCCCCCUUUCGCUGCCCCUCAGGCGGCGGCUGUACGUGGUGCAGUUCGGUAACAACUCUGGGCUGCUGAGGCAGCUGCUGCGGGGGCGGCCGUGCUGGGGGCCGGCGCCCGGGGACCCUGGCAGCUCGCACGGCGCGGGGUCGUACCAGGACCGGCGCGUCACGCUGCGGGCCACGGGCGGCGAGCCCGAGGUCAACUUCCUGUGGUCGCAGUACAGGUGCAGCGGCUUCCUGAACGCCAUGGCCUCCGGGAGGGUUGGCCUCACCGUGUCGCUGAACGAGGAGUCGACGAUCAAGUUCCGGGCCCUCCCCGCGCAGAGCGGCGGCGGCGCCUCGGCGUCCUCCGCGCCGCCGCCGGUCAGGGCGCACAACCACUUCGAGGGCAACGGGGCGCUCUGCACCAAGCGCGGCAUCUGCGAGUGCAUGUCCGACUUCUACCGCAGGCUCGGCCGCGACCCCUUCUCCGUGCUGCCGCUCACCUUCAUACUGCGGCAGGGCACCGCGGACCCGCGGUUCGCCGAGUUCAGUGAGGCCUUCGGCGCGCUGCAGGCGGAGGCGGGGCAGGCCGUGUGGCUGGUGAAGCCUGGCGAGUGGAGCAACCGCGGCGCGGGCAUCAGGAUCUACAGGACGCUCGGCGAGAUCGCCGCCCGCGUCGACGCCAAGGAGAGGGUUUGGGCCGUGCAGAAGUACAUCGAGAGGCCGCUGCUCAUUCACAAGCGCAAGUUCGACAUUAGGGCCUACUGUCUCGUCACGCAGGAGCCCGGAGGUGGCGCUUGGCGGGCCUACUGCUUCCGGGACGCGUACCUCCGUCUCACCAGCGUUAAGUAUACGCUGAAGGGUCAAUUCAACAAGCUGGCGCACCUCAACAACGACGCGAUCCAGAAGCAUGGAGAGGAUUACGGGAAGAGCGAAUCCGCCAACAAGAUGUCUUUGGACGAGUGGCAGAAGUACGCGGACGAGCACAUGCCCAAGGACAACCUAGAUGUCCGGGGCAAGAUAUGGCCGCAAAUCCAAGCAUGCAUGGCCGACGCCGUGAGGGCAGCUGCCCCGAGCCUGAAUCCCAGAGGCAUCAGCAACUGCUUCGAGGUCUACGGGUUUGAUUUCAUGGUCGACGCCAGCCACAGGGCGUGGAUUAUCGAGUGUAACGCGAACCCGUGCCUGGAAUUGGUUUGCGCUUAUCUGUCCCACCUCAUUCCCGCGAUGCUGGACCAGGCGCUUCGAUUGACUGUCGACAGGAUGUUUGUUGCCGAGGGCCGAGCAGGGCAAGACAGCAGCCCCGAGGAGUCAACAAAGUGGGACCUCGUGUACGACUCGUCGAGGGAGAGUUGGCCAUCCGACGUGGUCGGCUGCAGCUGGGCGGAGACGCUGCCAGAUGGCAUCGAGACCCCCGCGGCGAUGCUGGGUCGUGCGAUUCUUUGUAGCAAGAAGAAACGGAAGAAGGAGAAGAAGGACAUACGAGUUGACACUGGGCAGGACGAAGCGGCUAAGGAAUUUGUCAGCUUGCCGACCGACAAGUUGGAGGAGCAGGAGGCAGCGGACCACGAGGACGAGGACGAGGACGCUACCGAGUACUACGAAACUGAUCUGCCCCCCGCUGACAGAAGGCAAGAUGACGAGGACGAGGAAACCGACGAGGUGCCAGAGGCAGAUGAGUGCGAGGACGAGGAUGCCGAGGAGCAGGUGCACUUGCCAGCAGCCGGAGUCGCCGUGCCGAGCUGAGUGUAGUCUCACCGGGAGCCAGUAUCCAGUGAGGAUUUGCUUGGCGCCCGAACUUCCGCGAGCCAUCUUGCCUUGAGGAGCUGUCUGCUUGCCCUUGUCCAAACAAACGCAGGUGUACGAUCGCUCCUUGCCUCUUGCGCGGCUGCUGCCUCCCGUCCUCCGUGUGACGCUGCUUGCAAUUGCGCUUGCACUGGCACGGUACGCCUCGAUUCGGCAGGCACGCACCGCCA